UGUUCGGAAAACGCCAUAGCACGUAUUAGUGAUGAAUUUUGGUUUGAUCCCAUAGAAAAAGGUCUUGCCUUAAGAUCAGUGAAUUCUUCCAGGUCAGCAUAUGCAUGUGUCUUCUUCUCAUCUAUGUUUUUCCAACAUUACUGCUGGACAGCUGUGUCUCAGCCGCGUCAGAAAGAAAAACAGCUAUCCCGUCCAUGCAAAUUGAUCAUUAAGUCAGUUCUCCCUGUAUUCAGAUGUGCAAAUAUGCUGGAAAGGAACGUAGAGAGAUGCAGCAUUUAUACAGAUACUAGUGGUCAUCACGUGACUUUUCAGCUCUUCUGCAAACAUGGUGUUGUAAAAACAUACAACCUGACGUUUCGGGAGUGUGAUCCGUUGCAGGCUGUUUUUGCAAAGCACAUGUGUCCAAACGUGCUGAAAGUCCACUCCAGGCUGCUGGCUGACAUCAUGGUUCACUUUCCGAGCAGUCAGGAGGAAGUAACCUUAUCAGUUACACCAACAAAAGUUUGUUUCAAGAGUUACACGGAGGAGGACACUG